GGAAAGGGAGGAGGAGGAGUAUGAGGGCGACUCCGGUGCUCAGGACUGUGCAAUCGGGCCCGGAGCCAUCGAGCGCCCGCGGCGGCCGGGAGGAGGGCGGGAGCGGCCCGAGGAGCGCGCGGCCCGGGGCGAGGUGUGGCGGUGCCGGAGGGGACAGAGUCACCGGCCCGGGGCGAGGUGUGGCGGUGCCGGAGGGGACAGAGUCACCGGCCCGGGGCGAGGUGUGGCGGUGCCGGAGGGGACAGAGUCACCGGCCCGGGGCGAGGUGUGGCGGUGCCGGAGGGGACAGAGUCACCGGCCCAAGGCGAGGUGUGGCGGUGCCGGAGGGGACAGAGUCACCGGCUCGGGGCGCUCCGAGGCUCCGCAGCCUCCGCGGCGAUGAGCGGCUCUGCGCUAGGGGAGCGCAGCCGGGGGCUCGCGGUCCGUGCUGGCCCACAAAAAAGAGCAACAAAAGAGCUCUCUUGGUGAUGCUUUGUGAAGCUGAUGCCCAGCCGUGUUUGGAAUCCAGGACCCAGAAUUCUCUCUGCAAGCCUGUAUUUUCUGGGACUAUCUUCUUUUAACUUGUGCAAACAGAAUCUCAGAAUCUGUUCGAGUCCAAAAUCUAAGAUUGAGUCCAACCUUUGAUUGAUCACCACAAUGUCAACUAAACCAUAGCACUAAGUACCAUGUCCAGACAUUUCUUGAACACCUCCAGUGAUGGUGACUCAACCUUCUCCCUGAGCAGUCCAUUCCAAUGCUUAAUAAUAAAAUGUUUAAUAACCCUUUCCAUGAAGAAAUUCUUCCUGGUGUCCAACCUGAACCUCCCCUGGCACAGCUUGAGGCUCUGUCCUGUUGAGCUGUCACUGGCUGCCGGGGAGAAGAGGCUGACCCUCACCUGGCUCCAGGCAGUUGUAGAGAGGGAACUGUUGUGGUGAGGGAAUAAUGCCUGGGACACAAAACUAUAGCAGCAGAAAUUGUGUCCAAACCUUGCAUAGGCUUGUAGAGUCGACUUCACAUAGGUUCAAUAUGUAAACGGGAUCCUCUGUGAACAUCUGUACUCAGUUAUGCAGAUGAUACUGCUGAGAAAUAUUUCAAAGAGCACAUGCAGGGCUGCCUGAUUACAUUGUGCUGUAGAUGCCAUGACACCAGGCUGCAUUACCUUAUAUGGACACUGGUUUCAUUUUUACUAAACUGACUGUGAUAAAAAACAUGAGCACUGAUGCAAUGACCUUUUAAAAAAUUCUGGCAAUGGAUGUGGUAAUGAAGAAUAUGCCUCACACCUGAAGCAGGAAAUUAUUUACAUAUUAUGUUUCGCAGGAAUCAACUCCACAAACUCCUACUAAUGUAAAGGUGUUAACCUGUUUUCAAAAAUCACAUACAUUCCCAGCAAAGAAUUAUCUACUAAGUUAACUUCAUUUUGAUCAGGAGCUGAAUUGCUGUUACUAAUGCAGUGAUUUGCAAUUCAAUUGUGAGAAAGGUCAGCUGAAAAAUUUAUAUUCAAAGACUGUUACAUGAUGACUUUUCCAUGAGGAAUUCCAGAAAAACAAGGGCUCUCUGACAGUCCUGAGGUACCAGAAACUCCUGGCAAUAUUUGUGGAGGAUUGAUCAUGUUUAACUCAGAAACAAAUAAACAACCCCAAAUCUAGAAUAAUUUUUGGAAGAUUAUUGCUGUUGUUAUCAUUAUUACACCUAUUAUUCACUCUGUUAUGGUAGCAGGAUCCAAAUUAGUAUCUCAUAAUGCUGAGUGUUACAUGAACACAGGGCAAGACAAAACAUCAUUCAUUAAGAAGGAAAAACUUGCUCAGUUUUCCCCAAGAAUGAUCUUACCCAGCCCCCCAGGACACAUGAUAUCAGAUCUAAGUAAUGCUUUGUUAAGGCUAAACUGAUGUGAAUCAAUUGAAAUAACAAGGCAUAUUGAUGCAGGAUGCUCCCUCGGUCUCUGGGUACAUCAGCUUUAGGGUUGCUUUGUGCCAGCUGUGCUUACAUAAGGGUAAGAGUCUGCCUUCAUUGGAUUUAUAGCUAACCUUGAUUUUUACUAUUAUUUUUCCCUAAAUUGGUCAACAGACUGUUAACCAUGCACUGAUUCAAAUCAGCAUCUACUUUAGCAGUUACGCAUGCUAUUUUUAUUUUACCCAUUUUCAAUCUGAAAUUUAAAAAAAAAAUGUUGUGCAAAUUUACAGUAAUUUAUUCUAAAACAGAAAAAACAGGACAAUUUGAUGUGUUCACCGUGUAUUAAUUCAAAUUUCCCCUUCCCCAUUAGUCCUGACUGUGCUUCAAUAACAAGUUACUUAAGAAAAUAAGCAACUGGCAAAUAAUUGACAUGCUCAAACCUACUGAUCAGUCUUCUCAUUAGUCUAUUUUGGUAAAGUGGGUUGACUGAUUUAGAGCAUGAGUCAGUUCUGCCAUACAAAUUCCAGACACAGUAGAAUAUCUAUACAGUCACAUAUGCCUCUGAGCUAAAUAUUUUCAUUCUUUCAGCUUUAUAAUCCUCAGUGACUCUAGAGGAAGAAAAAAGAAGGUAUGCCUUUGAAUUCAGUGGGACUGUCCACCCAUGAGUAAGAAUCACAGGACUAGGGGCCUGAUUUGAAUCAAAUGUUACAUCACCAAAUAAUUAUAUAGCAAACAAAAUCAAAUUACAUUAUAUUUUAAAAUCAUUAAGAAGGGAUAUCUUUAGAUGAAUUAUAAGAUUAAUCAUUUAGUUUUACUUCCUGGAGGCAUGCAGAACCCAAUAAAUUUUGACCUAUCCUAGCUUUUGCAAUGCUUUAGGUACACAUAUUGCUUUUUUUUACACAUUGAAUAUGAAAAAUAAUGUAUAUUUUUAUGCCACAAUACUGGUAGGCUUCUUUUUAUUCCCAACACAGUUCCUUUUUGUACCAUCACAAAAUGCAAGGCCUGAAUUCCUGCCAAGCAAUUACACAGUCCUGCAGUUAUUUUAAAUCCUAAAAUGCAAAUAAAAGUAUUAUGCAGGCCUAGAUAAUGUUAGAUACAGCUACCAAAAUGGAAGAGGGAAAUAAGAAAGUUAGAUCUAGGGAUGGAUUGCCAGCUAAAUACUAAGGCAUCCCAAAAACCUUUUACAUUCGACGUUAAUCCAAAACUUUCAUUGCCAGUCUCUUUUCUAAUAGAACACAUCUACAUAGCAUUAAGUUCCUUUCUUGCACAUUUUUAACACACACUGAUGUAAUAGGGCAUUUAUUAUGGCACUUACACCAGCAAACACAAUUAAGGUGAAUGGAAAGCAAUGUUAAAUUCAGAGUAAUGAGAUCCAUAUGAACUAGAACAGUAAGACAGGAAUGCCAUUUAUUUUCUCUCCCAUGCUGCCUGGAUCACUCCUAUUUUAGAAAUACUAUGAGGUGUUAUUUGUACUGAUACCACACUGUGCAUUGAGGUACUCAAAGUGCUCUGUGAACAUUAGCUUAGGCCACAUUUGUGAGGCAGAGGCUAAAGUAGGAAGUAGUGAAAGGCAACUUCCUGUAGCUCCAACAAAGGUGAAGAGAGGUAAAAGCAUACUGCCUUCUAAUGGAAAAAGAGGAUAAGAGACGAUGUUUUACUUUUAGUGAAAGGGGGAAAACCCAGUGGUUUUAAACCUCUUUCCCCUCAUUUUCACUCUUUCUUUCAGAUCACAGAUGGAAAAAGUAGAGCAGAAAAUUGCUUAGCCCAAAGCCACACACUGGCAGUAAUUGAACUAGAAGACAACAUUGGUUUAAAUAGAAAAUGUGCAAUACACUCAUAGUAUUUGGACUACUCUAACUGCUGUUUCUUUCUCUUGUCCAUGUACACCAUUUACUUUUCAGCUGUAAUUGCAUGGCACUUGUGGUACCAGAAUCUUUUGGGAAUCUCAGGGGGAUUCCCAAGUUCUGAGCUGCUUUCAAGAAGCUUCAAGAAGCAAAGAAGGAAUAAAUAAGAAAUACCAAAUUCAUCAAGUUUUGGGUGCUGUUUCCCCAUGAAAAAAGGAGGAAGCUCUGCUUUCUGUUCUUGUCCAGCAGUUGUGACUCUGUGUCUAGAAUAAAGCAGCUGGUGGAUCUCCCAGACAACCCAGUCCUGUCCCACUGUGCUGUGCAAUACAUUAGACAGGGAUGGUCAUUGUUUUGUUCCAUGUAUGGUCUUAAGGAUC